UUCGGGUGGGGAGAAAAUAACGUCUAAGGCAUAACGGCACUGUGAGUGACCCUUGAGGAAGACUGGACAGAGAUAACGCGGCGAGAAACAGACACAUUCACGCUUAAAACCAGUAAAAGGAGAUGAAAACGUCGUGAAAGGACUUUUUCAGCGCCUCGAAGGAGGAAAAGUGUGGAAAAUGUCCUCGGCUCCGGUACAGCAGCCCUUAGAGGCGGCGGAGUUCACGGUGGAGGCGGUGGAGCGGGCUCUGCAGCAGCUGUACUAUGAUCCAGACAUGGCCCAAAAAAACGUGGCCCAGAAGUGGCUGACCCAGGCCCAGGCAUCGCCGCAAGCCUGGCACUUCUGCUGGGCUCUGCUCAGCCCAGAUAAGGUUCCUGAGAUCCAGUUUUUUGGGGCCAGUACGCUGCACACUAAAAUCUCCCGCCACUGGACGGACCUCCCUGCUGAGCAGCAUGAAUCUCUGCGCUCUCAGCUCAUCGCUCAGGUAGGCCGUUUCUCCUGCGGGCCGAAGAUGGUUCUGACACGGCUCUGCGUGGCCCUGGCCUCUCUGAUCCUCCACACUCUGCUGGACAGCUGGACCGCCGCUGUCCCGGACCUCCUGAGGGCGUUCCAGGGUGGUGAGGGGUCUGCGGAGGUGGACGUCCGGUACCAGGCACUGCUGGAGGUUCUAGUGGUUCUCCCCGAGGAGCUCCAGACGAGGAAGCUGUCGGCAGACCGUCGAGCUCAGCUGCAGAGUGCAUUAGCCAGAGAGUGGAGCUCACUGUGCCCCCUGCUGCGGCAGAUACUGCGGAGAGAGGAUGCAGCAGGACAGGUGAAGGAGCGUGUGCUGCGGUGCCUCGUGUCGUGGCUGGCUCUGGAUGUGGAUCUGGGUGAAAGCGAAGGUCUACUGCAGGACAGCUUCACUCUGCUGAGGGAGCCGGAGCUUUUUGACACGGCUGUGGAGACGAUCGUCAGCGCCAUCUCACAACACGACAGCCAGAGGUUUGCUGACAGUCUGCUGAAGAUGCUGCCCCAGGUGCUGGCCCUUCAGGAGCAGCUGACGAAGGCCGCGCAGGACAGAGACAUGGAGACGUCUCACGGAAUCUGCCGCAUCGCCGUGGCACUCGGGGAGACUCACUGCAGGGCUCUUCUGGAGCAGGUAGACCACUGGCAAGGUUUCCAGGCUUUAGUCAACAUGAUUCUCUCCUGCACUGGGAUGCCUGGACAUUACCCAGUGGACGAAACCUCCAGCUCACUCACACUCACAUUCUGGUACACACUACAGGACGACAUCAUGACUCUCGAAACAGAGAAGCAAACGCUGUACCUGCAGGUUUACAGACCACUUUACUUCCAGCUGGUGGAGGUGCUGCUGCAUAAGGCUCGCUUCCCCAGUGACCAGGAUUUCGCCCUGUGGUCCGCUGAUGACAAGGAGCAGUUCAGAACCUACAGGGUUGACAUCUCCGACACGCUGAUGUACGUGUAUGAGCUGCUGGGCCCGGAGCUGCUGCGCAACCUUUACGAUAAACUCGGCGUGCUGCUCACAGACACGACUCACUCAUCCUCGUGGCAGGAUAUAGAGGCUUUGCUGUUUGGCUUCCAGUCCAUAGCUGAAACGGUGGACGUCAGUUACUCUGAUGUGAUUCCUGGUCUGAUCGGACUGAUCCCCCUCAUCACCGCCAACAACAUCCACCUGGCAGAGACCAUCAUGCUGACUAUAGGCUCCCUGGCGGAGUGGUUGGCUGAUCACCCUCUCAUGCUGGCUGGCGUCCUGCGUCUGGUGCUCCAGACUCUGUCCAACGCUGACCUCUCCGUGGCCACCGUCUCCACCCUGAAGAGGAUCUGCCGUGAGUGCCGCCACAGCCUGCGGCCCCACUCGAAUGACAUCCUGACUGCUUCGCAGGAGGUGCUGGUUAAACAGAUUCAUAAGAGCACUCAGAGUAUGUGGCUGAUGCAGGCUCUGGGUUAUCUGCUGUCAUCUCUGCCUGAUGAGGAGAUUCUGGGGAAACUCCUCUCACUGCUCUCUCCACACAUCCAGCAGCUGGAGAGACUGGCCAAUGAGACGGCCAGUCCAGCUAGUAAACUCUCCACUGUGCACAUUCUGGGCCUCCUCUCCAGCCUCUUCUCUACUUUAGACCUGAACGGUCAAGGAGAUGGACAGGAGGACGUCAGAGCCGCCCGCCCUCAGCCUCGCACCAACCCGGUUGUAGUCGUGCUGCAGCAAGUUUUCCCUCUCAUCCAGAACCUGCUAAGUAAGUGGCUGAAGGAGGCCGAGGUGGUGAAGGCUGCGUGUGCUGUUUUUGAGAAAUCCCUGAAGACCCUCAUUCGUGAUUUUGCCCCCCUGGUGUCUCAACUCUGUGAGCUGAUCGGCCAGUUGUUCAGUGCUUACCCACAAGCCUGUGCUUUGGACCUCACACGACAGCUGGUUCAUGUAUUUGCCUGUGAGAAGGAACAAUUCCCACCAAUCACUGCUCUGCUGGAACUCGUCACGAACAUCACCAUGUCCAUUUUUCAGCACGGCGCCCGAGAUCAUCCUGACGUGGCAGAUUCAUUCAUGCAGCUUCAUACUCAGGUUCUGAAAAGGAAAGCAGACGUGUAUCUCUCAGAGGGUCUUGAUAUCAAAGUUGUUUUCUACUGUGGGAUUUUAUCAUUCAAAUUUCCAGAGACGCCCACUGUGAAGUCCACAUGCUCGUUAUUCACAGAGCUGAUCUCUCACUGUGAGGACGUCCCGGCGGUGAGGGAGGUGCUGCAGGAGGACGGCCUGCUGCUGCUUCAGACCCUGCUGGAGGCUGUCGGGGGUCAGUCCUGCAGCCUGUUGGAGCUCCUGUCUGAGGUGUUCUUCUCCGUGAGCCGUCACUGCCCCAGCCUGUUCUCGCUCCAGCUCAGAGACGCCCUGCAGCCCCCGGGGUUCCCCAGCGCGCUCCUCACCCCGGAGCAGAAAGAACACUUCUGCCAGCAGAUCCUCAGGGAACAGGUGAGUAAGUGGAAGAUGAGGGACGUCGUGAAGGAGUUCUCUCUGCUGUGUCGAGGUCUGCAGUGAACACGUUACACGCUGAUCAGAGCCAAUCGGGUUUGGAUACGCCCACACGCUUCUUCCUGAUUUGCACUCGUCCACAUUUUAGAAUAACAGUGAAGACCCAAACACUGAAUCAACAUUAUGAUGCAGAACAUUUUAAAACACUUUUUUGAUUGUAAAAUAUUUGUCUUGGUGAUACAUUUAUCAUUUAUAUACAGGACUACAUCUGAGAAAAUGUACUAAAUUAGAAACUUUUUACAUAAAACAUUUUUCUGAACAGUUUUUUGCUUAGAAAUAAACACCUGUAGCUUUAGUACAGUAAGUGUUGAUUUUGUGUCUGUAAAUGUGUUCAACCAUUUAUGAACCUCUCCUCGACACAGCCCAGAAUUAUCAGUAGUUAUCGUCUAAAACCUGGUUUGGCUAAGCUGCCCUUCAUUAAACUAGAUCAGAUCUGGAACCAAACCUGUU